CCGUACUGCCAAUGCUUUGAGACUUUGAUUGGCUACCUAGUCCUAUGCGUUAUUGAAAUCAACCAACGAUUCGAGUUCUUCUCGCAUAGACUCAUGUCUCCAAGCCGGCCAUACAUAAUGACUAUUGGUCUCUUGAUGAACGAGCUCUUGCUGCUCUCGAAGCAGUCUUGCCUAAGCCACAUGAGGCAUGCAAAACCUGCCUUAAAGGAAGUUAGCGAUGCUAUACUUAAAGGAAGUGAGGCAAAUCUUUCUACAAUAUUGGCAAAAGCGUCAGGGACCGAUAUAAGAGUAGUUCCCCGAAACUUGGGCUCCAUACGUCAAGAUCUUAAAUUAGAGAUCUCUAUUCAGAUAUCCUUAACCAUGUACAUAUUCAUAUAUUUAGGAGAAGAGUGCUCUUCUAUUUGGUACCCUCAUAUGUCACGUAAACUAAUGAAGCUAAUCUAUAUGCCUCUUGUCUAUGGUCAAAGCCAAUUUAGUGCAAUUACUGAUAUUCAGCAAGCGCUGGAGUAUGCUCUAUCAAGAGCAGCUGCUAACCGUUCCCUUCUUUGCUUGCUGCGUAAAGCUGAAGAGUACGAAGGUGAUCAGCGUUGGCUGAUUGAACCUUUUCGCCUUCUUGGCGUGCAUUAUGAUGACCACCGGGCUCCUGAUGCUCCUGCUAACCAGGGUGAAGGAAUAUCGGAGAAGCGAUUGUGUCGUGUCGGGGCAUCGGUCUAUCGGAGCUCGAAGAGCGAUUGGCGCUUCACGUUUGCCUGUGGAUUUUGGCAAGGGGAUGAAGAGGAGGGCAGUUCUUCGAAGGGAUCUGAUUUCCCUUCUAGCGCUGAUGAUUUUAUUUAUGCUUCGAGAUUUGUCCCUUCGAGUGAUUACGAUCGGCCCCCUAAGCGUGAUUGGUCUACGAGGGAAAGUGUCCUUGAGGAAUUUGGACUUGGCGAUUUUGAAGGUGCAGUGGAGCCAGAGAAUGCCUCUCCUUCGAGGAAUUCUACAUAUGUGCAAGAUCUGGUUGGGGGCCAGGUUUUUGAUGAUGAAGCACCUUUGCUGAGUGAAGGGUCGAAGGGGGCUAGUGCUCCCUGCUCUAAGCUUGUUUUGCCGGUGAAGGGCUAUGUUAGCUCCGAGGCUGAAGCCCGGUUCGUGGAGGAGAGCUUGAGCUAUUUCUGCUGCCAC